UUUGAAGUUUUCGCUAGCUGUCGGUAACAAUUCACCCGCGCGGGGAAAAGCAGAGUCACAGGCGCGGGCUUCACGAAGACGAUGACGGCAGGGGAAUUUAAAAAAAGUACCCGUGAAUUGCCAUACCAAAUGCGUCACACCUGAGGAAUCGAUCACGAUAUCUCCUCUCACACUAACAAAUACGAUGAUCUGUUGAGAACUGGACGUUCUCACAAUGGCUGGUUCCUACUCCUUAAAUCUUACGGGGUCUCUACAUUUUAUUCCUUCAGCCAGGAACAAUAAUAAAGCUUUCCCUGAACUAAAAUUUGGUUCAAUUAACAAUCCAGCCAGGUUGAAGUUGAGGCCACAAAAUGAACGGUCAGUUUGGAGAUACAAAUCAAUUGUUUCCGUGUUGGCGGGCGAGGACAAGGAAUAUGAGAACAAGGAGGAUGAGCUAAGUUUGGAGGAGCCUGAGAAGGUGCAAAAAAAACUCCCAAAAGAACCAGAAAGGGAUUUUGCCGGAACACCAUAUAUUCCAGUAUAUGUAAUGCUUCCUCUUGGAACUAUCAAUCAACAAUGUCAGUUGGAAGAUCCACAAAGUUUGCAAAAACACUUGGCAACUUUGAAAUCUGCCAAUGUUGAUGGUGUAAUGGUUGAUUGUUGGUGGGGUAUAGUGGAGGGUGAGAAUCCACAAAGUUAUAACUGGUCUGGCUAUAGAGAACUUUUUAAUAUUGUAUGCGAAUUAAAGCUCAAGUUGCAGGUAGUUAUGUCACUUCAUGCAUGUGGAGGAAAUGUGGGUGAUGAUGUAAAUAUUAGUUUACCCAAAUGGAUAUUGGAAAUUGGACAACAUAAUCCAGAUAUAUUUUUCACAGAUCGAGAAGGUGGGCGAAAUAUGGAAUGCCUUACUUGGGGCAUUGAUAAAGAACGAGUCUUGAGAAGUCGAACAGGUCUUGAGGUUUGUUUUGAUUACAUGAGAAGUUUCCGAAUGGAAUUUGAUGAUUUAUUUGAAAAUGGUCUUAUAUCUGAGAUAGAAAUCGGAUUGGGCCCUUGUGGAGAAUUGAGGUAUCCUUCUUAUCCAGAAAGGCAUGGUUGGAAAUAUCCUGGAAUUGGCCAGUUCCAGUGUUAUGAUAAAUAUCUUCAAAAGAGUCUGAGGAAAGCAGCUGAAGCACGAGGACAUGCUUUCUGGGCUAGAGGACCUGAUAAUGCAGGGAAUUAUAAUUCGAAGCCUCAAGAAACUGGAUUUUUUCGUGAUGGAGGCGACUAUGACAGCUACUACGGUCGUUUUUUCCUUCGUUGGUAUUCACAAGUUUUAUUAGAUCAUGGCGAUCGUGUGCUUUCUCUUGCGAAUCUGGCAUAUGAAGGGACACGAAUAUCUGUUAAGGUUUCAGGAAUACAUUGGUGGUAUAAGACUGCUAGUCAUGCUGCAGAGCUUGCAGCAGGUUUCUAUAAUCCUUCAAAUCGUGAUGGUUAUGAAGCAAUUGCGCAUAUGCUUAAAAAACAUGGUGCUGCAUUCAAUUUCACAUGUGUUGAAUUGCGUACUUUGGCACAUGAAGAAGGAUUUCCUGAGGCCAUGGCAGAUCCGGAGGGUCUGGUUUGGCAGGUUCUGAAUGCGGCUUGGGAUGCUGGCAUUCCUGUGGCUAGUGAAAAUGCUUUGCCAUGUUUUGAUAGAGAUGGAUUCAAUAAGAUCCUAGAAAAUGCAAAGCCAAGGGAUGAUCCUGAUGGACGAUGCUUGGCAGCUUUCACAUACCUAAGACUUAGUCCUACUUUGAUAGAGACAACCAAUUUAAAAGAGUUUGAACGUUUUGUAAAACGUAUGCAUGGAGAAGCAGUCCCUGACCUAGAAGUCUGAUUGUAGUUGCAAGGCAUUCUAGGAUGAAGAACAGAAAAUUGAUAGAGUGGUAAUGCUACCAUUAUCCACUAAACAUGUGGAUAGCUUGCAGGGAGCAAUGCAAUAUGUCCAAGUUUAUAUGCAUGUUACAAAGGCCAAAUUGUAACUUAUGUACAUUAUGAUCUAAAUAUUGGAUGUUGUAAGUAGAGUUCUUGCCUAGUAUGUCAAUUAUAUUAGUAUAUUCCUUCUGCCUAAUGAGUCUAUGCCAUUAGUAUAAUUAUUGUUUUGUGGAAUGUUCCUUCAUUGGCUCUAUGUAAUGGUAAAAAGCAAUUUGAAAUAAAAGUGAAAUAGUAGGAAACAAAGUUUUCCAA